AGCGCAGCAUUUCGCUCUGCUUUUUCAGGGAACAGGGGUUACAGUUAAGUAACCCGAGACGUUCUAAACAUAGCUGUUCAAUUAAUGUGAGUUUGUGUUUUGGGUGACAUGAACCUCAGCGGCUACUGUAUCAGGAACACCUACUUGAAACCAACAGUACAGAGACUCUCCAGUGAUGUAAGCACUGUCAGUGUGAGCAGGGCUUUGUAGGAAGUGCUGCCUUCCAGUUAACAUACCAAAUAACAAACAUGGCUUCAGUAUUCGUCAUGGUCCUUGCUGUAGUUUGUCUUGUCAUCCCUACUGUGGUUCACACUGAAGCUUUGUGGAAUCUGGAAUGUCAGCCUACAGUUGGAAUUGUUGGUCAGACCACAGUUAUCAGAUGCCAUAUCAAAUACAGUGGUGAUAUCAAAGUUGUUGGAGUUGCAUUAAAAAAAGUGAAACAGGAUAAGACAGUUUUUCAACAUCUAAUUAAAGAAACACCAUUGGGAGACCCACGCUUUAGUCUAGUAAACCAAGGAAAGGCACUAUCACUGCAACUCUCUGACACAAUAUUUUCUGAUGAGGGUGAAUAUGAGUGCUAUGUUACAACAAACAUUGGUGAAAAAAUGGCAAAACUUAGCAUCAGUAUCACAGCCAAGUACAGAGAUCUGCUUACAAGUUCAUGGCCUGUAAAUGUAACAGAUGGAGGACCUGUUGACCUUUACUGCAAUGCUACUGACGGCUACCCAGCAGGGACCAUUCAUUGGUUUGACAAAUCUGGAACAAAUUGGACCAUUAAUUCAAUUCUGACAAAAGCCAUCAAGGACACAAAUGGCUCAAAAUCUGUGGCUUUAUCCAGCAAACUGACUUUCAAGUCUAUUGACUCCAGUCUGGCGCCAUUAAGAUGUGUUGUCCUCAACAGCAAAUUUGUCCAGGAAGGAGAAACGACAUUUCAGUUCAUGCUCAAACAGGAAUCUGAAAAGGUGCAAACAAAUACAACAAACAUUGUUGCUGGUGUGAUGGUCAUUGGAUCGCUUACUGCUGGUCUUCUGUUUGCUCUGUUGUUCUGCCGUAGAAAACGCAUUCAGAAUGCUAGACGAGCUUCUACCCAACCUAUGCUAAAUAAUUAUUACCCAGGACAAACUGUUGAACCUGAUCUGGAAGGAGGUACUGAAACAGGCACAAAUUGAAAUAAAGUCAGUCUUGAAGCUUCCACUAUAGCAGGGAUGAGAAACUGAGCCAUGAUUCACAUUUACUGUAGCCCAGUUCUGUCACCAUUUAACAAAAACAAAAUUGAAGUCAUUUUGUACCUUUUGAAUUUUGGAACAGACACUAAAAAAAAAAGAGUUUUGUUAAGAAACAUAAAUAUGCUUCAUCUGGUAACAUCUGAAUUAACUGGUUUAAUCCAAGUUGUAAAUUAAGAUUUAAUAUGACUGAAUUAACCCGACUGUAUUAAGUUUAUCUAACAAGCAUAAUUUCCAAGGGUUGAAUCAAAUAUAGAACCUUUUUUUUCUUUUUUUUUCAGUGCAGUUGCAUGACCUAAGAUAUACACUUUUUUCUUAUACUAGCAUAUACAUUUUUAUCUAAACUCUUCAUUUUGAUAAAAAAAUUCAAUUAUAUAUUUGACAGUAAGGAGAGUGAGAAGGCAAAGAUGUUUUCAGAAUGUUUAACUGUGAUUAUUGAUUGUGAUUACUUAUUUUCUUUUUGAGGGUUUAUGGAUAAUAUUUACUGUGUGUACCUGUCACAUUCAUCAAUACAUAAAUCUAAUCCACUAUUGCAUUAUGAAAUGUAUAUAGCCUAUAGAGGAGACUGGGGCUGGGUGUCACACAGGGAAGGGCUACAUCUCAUAAAAAAUAAGUCAAAAGUCCAGAGUCAAAAGUCCAGUUACACAUAUAUUUUUCCAGCAGUGAAUUUCUAAGUUGGCUUCAAACACCUAAUUCAAAAGAUAAUUUUGUGAAUUUUAACUAUAAUUCAUAAAUCAUAUUUUUAUUAGCUUUCUCAAGAAAAGGUAUUUUUCAUAAGCGUUAUUGUUUUUAUUGGGCAAGUUGUAUUGUGUUUUAAAUGUCACAAAUUAACACAAUUUAUCAAUAAUAAUGUUUGUUGGCAAAAACAGUGGAUUACAUUACACUUUCAUUUUGUAAAUUACCCAUGCUUCAUAAUUGUUUUACUUGUUAUAUUUGCAUGAAAAGGCUAUAAAUAUUGCCUAUAUAAUAAAAAAAGAAAAGAAAAUGACUUUCAAAAAUAAAUGUACCCUUAGGAAAAUAUGUGGGAACUAGCCAGACUCCGCUAUAUCUGAAAUGUAAAUAGUGUUUAUUUUGAAACAAUGCAACUUUGUAUUGCAAAUACAAUAUUGGCAAUAUUUAUAGCCUUUUCAUACAAAUAUAAAAAGUAAAACAAUUAUGAAGCAUGGGUAAUGUACAAAAUGAAAGUGUAAUUGUUUGUACUUUUGAGAACUUUUUAACAGUUCACUAUGCAUUUCAAUUUCAUAAUAAAAUUCCAUUAUAUUGAAUUUAAUUAGCUUUAUUAAUAUAAAAUAAAAACAAUAUAAAAGAAAAUAUACUAAAGGUUUUUAAAAUUGUAUUCUGUUAAAACUUGCAAAAUUCAAUUUGAUGGAAUUUUGUUAUGAAAUGUAAAAUAUUUUAGAUUCAAUGAAAAUUACUCUCAAGCAUUUGAGAUAAAAUGGGAUGCCUUCAUUACCUUGUCUAGAUUAAAUAAAAAUUCUAAGAAUUUAUCUUUUUUAAUCUAAAUCAAGAGAUUUUUAUAUUACAUAUCACUUUCACUUUUGCAGAUGCCUUUUAUCUUAAAGUGCAGCCUACUAAUCAUGUGAAACUGUUGCUAAAUAAAGAAUAAUAUAGUGUUGUCGAAAAUAUAGUUCUCCUUUUUCUUUUUAUUUGAUGUGAAAUUUUCAACAGACAUAACUUAAUUAAAAUGGGGAUGCGGGGAGACCCAUUCCAUCCGCACUGAAAAAGGUAAAGCAGCUUAGUUGAAAAUACUAAACCAGAACACUUCAAAUCAAUUUAAUUCAUUUAUGUUUGAGAUGAGAACAUAAUUAUAUUGUGUAAAUUCCAAGUGAUACUCAAAAACAGUCAUCAAAAACUGAUAUGAUCACAUUGCUUUGAAAUGUUAAAAGAGGUUACCAUGUGGAGAAAAGUGAAACUAAUGGUUAGAUUGAAGUUGGUUACAUUACUGCUGAGAAAUCAGUGUGUGUAUUGCUUUUUUUAUGAAGCAAAUACUGAGGGAUCAUCAGUUUAAUGACUAAUUGGGGAUCUGUAAACUCUCAGAAACACCGUACUUGUCACACUGUACAAACAUAUAUCUGUACAUGCCACACAACUGCUCGUUCAGUCCCUUGUCAUAACUAGACUGGACUACUGUAACGCUCUCAUUGCAGGCCUUCCUGCAAGUGCUAUUAGACCUCUCCAAAUGAUCCAAAUGAUCCAGAAUGCAGCAGCAAGUCUGGUCUUUAAUGAACCAGCACAUGAGCACAUUUGAGGACACAUGUUACACCAAUUUUUGUCUCUCUCCACUGGCUGCCGGUUCAUGCACGUAUUAAAUUCAAGGCCCUGAUGCUGGCAUACAAAACAGUCACUGGGUCUGCUCCAGCAUACCUAAAAACAUUUAUGCAGAGCUACGUUCCCACAAGAAGCCUGCGGUCGGCUAAGGAACGUCGCCUUGUCGUACCAAAAAAAAAGAGGCACCAAAACACUUUCCCGGACUUUCAGUUUCAUCAUACCACGGUGGUGGAAUGACCUUCCCAACUCAAUCCGGGAAGCUAACUCACUCUCUAUCUUCAAAAAACGGCUAAAAACACAUCUUUUCCAAAAGCAUUAACCGGUCACAAAAAAAAAAAAAAAAAAAAAAGAAUAAUUAUUUACAUUUCUUGUUGCACUUAAAUCUGUUUUGUAUACUAUUCUGAUGGUAGUGAAACUUUGUAAUAUAGCACUUUUUGUACCACUGUCUCCCUAAGAUGAUUCGCUGAUGUUUUUCCUCUUUUGUAAGUCGCUUUGGAUAAAAGCGUCUGCCAAAUGAAUAAAUGUAAAUAAAUGUAAA